AUGUCGAUUGGCGACUUCAUCUCAUCUUUCUUCCCUACUGUACACAGCGAGGCUGAGGAGAAGCCCGCGGAGGACGCUCCCACAGACGAGGCUGCCGCUGAAGAGCCUGAGCCAGAGGAGCCUGAAGAUGCCCACCCAGCCAUCCGCGAGGAAUGCAUGAAUAGCGCCUCAUGCGCGCCCAUGAAGCACCACUUUGAGAAGUGCCAGGAGAAAGUCAUGGAGGGCAAGGGCCACAAGGGCGAGGACUGUGUUGAAGAAAUGUGUAUGUCGCGCAAUUCUGUUUCUUCAAUGCCCUGCUGA